AUGAGAGUUCCUGAUGAAGAGAAUGACUCGUUAGCUCCCGAUAUUCUUCUUCUCGAAGGAGGAGGGAAACAAGUGUCAGAUAUCAUAGCAGAAGCAGAAUCAGCAGAGCCAAACGUGAAAGAGGUAGAAAAGAUAUUAGAUUACAAGUUCAGUGAUGAGAAGCUAUUAUUGGAAGCAUUGAUUCAUCCAUCCUUCUCUUUUCCGGUGAAAUCGUGCAUUUCAUACGAGAGAUUGGAAUACAUAGGUGAUUCCGUGCUCAACUUGUUGGUGGCAAGGGAAUUGUUCUUUCUGUAUCCAGACCUCCCGCCGGGAUUACUCACCAAGCUCCGAGCGGCUAACGUUGAUAAUGAGAAGCUUGCGCGUGUUGCAGUCAGGCAUAGCCUUCAUGACUAUUUACGUCACAAAGCUCCUCAUCUCCAGGAACAAAUUCAAGAGUUCAGUCAAGCGGUAUUGGACUAUCCUGUCCACUCCAAUGGUCUCAUUGAUACACCCAAAGUCCUUGCCGAUAUUGUAGAGUCCCUUGUUGGGGCUGUUUUCGUUGAUUGUCAUUCCUCACUCGAAACAGUGUGGCAGGUGUUCAAGAGAUUAUUGGAGCCGAUAAUUAGUCUGGAGACAUUAGGGACACAUCCAGUGACUGAACUUUUUGAGUUCUGUCAAAAGAAAAGAUUGUUGUUGCCGCGCUUUGUAAAGGACUCGUGGAAUGAAAACACUGCUGUCGAUGUUUUCAUUGGUGACCUCUUGGUUGGCACAGCCACCUGUGGGAAUAAAAAAGAAAUAGCUCAGAACCGGGCUGCCAAAGCUGCCUUAGAUUACCUUAAAGCUACAACUGAUCUUUGAGAUAGAUUCAACCAUUGCAUUGCA